AUGCUGCUGUCAAUCUUCACAGUUUGGCUUGGCCUUUUCUCAAUUUGCUUCACAUUUCUACCAUUGUAAGUCGAAGUUAGAACCAAUCAGCUUUGAUGGAAUCAGAUUUUUAGUAUGAUGGUUUGGGAAUGGAAAAAGCGAGGGACGGCUGACGGCUUCAGUUCGGUCAAUUUUGUUCUUCCAGUUCUCAUGUUGGUUUUUUUUCCAGACAAAUUUUCAUUCGACAAAGGGGCAGAUAUAAUUCAGCGAAGUAGAGUUUGAAAAAAUGGAAAAUAUGUUCAAGAAGAGAAAAAAAAAAUGAGGAAACUUGGUUUUAAGGAUUUUUUCCAAUCUUUCCCAAUUCAUCUGCAUAAAGAAUCUUAUAAGUAUAGUCAAUCCUUUUUCGACUUGAAAGACGAGACAGAUUGAUUAGCAACGGUGAAGUAGGAGGCAUUUUUUUAGCAGAUAUUUUUCAAGUCGGGAAGAAUUGAUUAUAGAAAUAAAUGAAAUUAACGGGUUCAAAUAUUUGAAAAAAACAAAUUUUUUUCAGCCAGUGCUGCUGGCUGAGACAUGGUCUUAUGACUAACGACCAAACCAACAUCAUUAUUAAUUCUUUGAACCUGGUUUUCUUCGCAUUUUAUAUAUCGGCUUUCGCCUAUUAUCAACCAAAAAGGGUCAGGUUUUUUUCUCUGGACUUUUGAAUAUUGGAGAUUUUUUUCAGAAAUACCUCAUCGGUCAGUUGAUAGCAUUGGUGAUCACUGUGAAGGCCAUUUUUGCCUAUGUCGAUAUGCAGGGUGGGCUUUUCAAAAAGUGUUAUGGUCAAAUGGUAGAUGUAGUUCAUGAUCUCGGUUCUCAUUUUACAGACCUUCCUAAAAAGAUUUUUUGGUUCAUGAACUUUUCGAUUAACUUAAAAAAAAAUUUUUACUGUUGGGAGCUCUUUUUUCGGACUCGAAACGAAUUCACAAGAAGGUUCACUGAUUAAAAAUUUUUUAUCCGGAUUAUCUUUGUCUUGAACCCUCAGAUGAAGUAUUAACAACAGAAAAACGUAUGUUUUCUCGAAAUUUGUUGAUAAAAAAAUGCUUUUUUUGUAUAGUUGAAAAAUUAAAAUUUUUUUAACUGUUAAGAAAUCGAAUGAUCAAGGCUAUGUCUACUCAAAAGGUGCAAUAUUUGGAUUUUUCGGAGCGUAGUUCAUAUAUACUUGAAAGAUCACACUCUCAACAACCUGAAAAAAAAUUUUUUUAGGUCGUGUUAUCCUGUUUUUUUUUUUUCAAAAUUUAAUAUCCUGAUAUGAGUCUGAAAUUAACCGUAGAAGAUGUUGUCACAUUUUGAUAAAAGGUAACAUGCCCGAUUUUUCAAAUUAAGCAAGCUUCCAACAGCUGAAAAUAUUCUUUAAAUAUGUUUUCAGAGCUUUUGACAACGAAUUUUCUUGAAUAUUUCGGUAAAUCAAAUAAUUUUCUUGUUCAGCUCCUUCGGAACAAGCUGAUACGAUGGGAACUGCCGCGGCGGCGGCCCAAAUCGCCAGUCUCGCUGGCGGUCUUUACGAAAUUGUGGGUUUUAUUAUGUUAAAACAAUAACCGCGUCUCAUUUUGAGCCUUCUAAUCGAUAACUCAUAAAUUUCGAUAAAAGUCGUGCAAUUUCAGAAACGAGCCGUUUCGAUGGGAACAACGGAAUAUAUUCCUGCCAGUUUCCAAUUCGCCUUGUUCACUCUCAUCGUCCAGUGGCUUCUGUUCGGAAUCCUCCACGGCAAUCAAUUCAUCGCUGUACGUUUAUUUUCGCAAUGUUUGAUGACUUUUAUCUUGUUUGAGAGAGCAGGUUUUUUGCAAAUCGAAUUAGUGUCGACUUGAGUUUGAGGAUGGUUUUCCUGUUUUGCAGUUGAGAUUUGUUAGAAGAAUAGGAAUUUCAAUUGGAAAGUCUAUCGGAAGUUUUCUUCUGUUAGGCUGGAAGAUGAGUUGAAAAUUCAUUAGAGAAAAAAAAAAAUCAAUUUCCUUCUUGAAUUUGGAGCUUUUUUAACGGUAGAACAAGGUCAACCUUCUCUUUCUUGGAUUUUUAUUUUUGAGAUUUUUCGAAUAAUUUUUGAAGUUGGGUGAAAUUGGUCAGACUUCCUAUUAAUUUGUUUGAAUUGAGUUCCAAUAUUUCUGACGAAAUUAUUAUUUUUGCUCGGGAAAUCUUCUGCAAGUUUCAUUAAUUUCAUCGAAAUUUCGAGAUCAGUCAUUUCUAAUAUUGCACAAUCCUUAUUGCGGUUUGCAGUUUGAAUAAUCGUUUUCGAAGUCUUCUGGUUUGUGUUUUAUGUACAAUUGAGAAAAAUCAAAUUUCGUUAUACGAGGGCUAACCAAAAUGCGAAUUCUUCGAUUCAUUUAAAAUUACGAUGUUCGGCUUGAUUUUCAUGAAUGGUACUUUGGUAAGACGUGUUCUUUUUUUAAAGAUCGAUCUCACUUCAAAAAAAUGCCCUUGAAAUAAUAUUCUAGGAACUUUAAACUUCUAAAUCGAGCUAUCCCUUCUUUUUUUUUUCGAAAGUUUGAAGGUUUCAAUUCUCAACUUUCAGAUUGCAAACGCGGCGGGUCUCGUCGUGAACAUCCUGACCUUGGCGACGUACUUCUUCUACCCGCCAUUGACCUGGACCGUCCCGAUCUUCAAUAUUCCGCCACAGAAGAUCAGCGACAAGAAAAUCUGA